UACUUGUCUACAACAGGCAAAUGCAUCCUGCAACCAUGAAUACAGAGGUUGGUUCAGAAGCAGAAAUGAAGGGACCUGAGAAUCUGGAAACAAAUGCCGAAAAGGAAAAUGCUGGGGAUGCACCUGAAUGUCAAAAAGGAAAGACAUCUGAAACUGAAGAAGCUACUCCAACUCCUCAAACUCCAGCUAGCCAAAGUAAUCCAAGGAGCUCAGGAGGGAAAAGUAUUUCUCGUUUCAUCCCCCCAUGGCUUAAGAAACAAAAAUCAUACAGCUUAGAAGAACCCAAAGAUGAAACUAAGGCAAAACAAGUACCAGCAUCAGAAGAACAGACAGCAGAGGAAUCUCAUCUUCCAGAAGAGAGAGCUCAGCCUAAGGAAAAAUUAGAGGAUACUACUGAGAAUCUACAAGAAGCUAAAGCAGAUGAUGACAAACACUAUCCAGCUAAAGAAGAAAGUAAAGACAUUGUUUCAGAAAUAAAAGAAGAGAAGCAAGAAGCAGAGGAAGGGAAGAGGGAGACCAAAGAGGUACAGACUGGUGAAAUCAAAACUGAGAGAGUGCUUCAAAAAGCUCCUAAGAGAACCAGGACAGCUCAAGUGACGCUCUUGGAUGGGACAGAAUACAAAUGCGACCUUGAGAAAAAAGCUAAAGGCCAGGUGUUAUUCGACAAAGUGUGUGAACAUCUCAACUUACUGGAGAAGGACUACUUUGGCUUGUUGUUUCAAGACAACUCAGGUCAGAAGAAUUGGCUUGAUCCUUCAAAGGAAAUCAAAAGACAAAUUCAUAAUUUCUUUUGGAUGUUUACCUUUAAUGUGAAGUUUUACCCACCAGAUCCUUCACAGUUAACAGAAGACAUCACCAGGUACUUCCUAUGUUUGCAGCUUCGUCAAGAUAUAGCUUCUGGCCGACUACCAUGUUCUUUUGUGACACAUGCUCUCCUUGGUUCAUACACUCUCCAAGCUGAACUGGGUGACUAUGAUACAGAGGAACACAACAGUGAUUACAUAGGGGAAUUCCAAUUUGCACCCAAUCAGACAAAAGAGAUGGAAGAGAAGGUAGUAGAGUUACACAAAACACAUAGAGGUCUGACUCCAGCACAGGCAGAUUCCCAGUUCUUAGAAAAUGCCAAGAGGCUUUCAAUGUAUGGAGUGGAUUUGCACCAUGCUAAGGAUUCUGAAGGUGUGGACAUUAUGCUGGGAGUAUGUGCCAAUGGGCUACUCAUUUACAAAGACAGACUCCGAAUCAACCGUUUUGCUUGGCCCAAAAUUCUGAAGAUAUCUUAUAAACGCAGUAACUUCUAUAUCAAAGUCAGACCAACUGAGUUGGAACAGUUUGAGAGUACUAUUGGUUUUAAACUGCCAAACCAUCGGGCUGCAAAGAGAUUAUGGAAGGUCUGUGUGGAGCAUCAUACUUUUUAUAGACUUGUAUCGCCAGAACAGCCUGCAAAGGCCAAAUUCCUGACAUUGGGUUCCAAGUUCCGCUACAGUGGCCGUACUCAAGCACAGACACGGCAGGCAAGCAAUCUCAUAGACAGACCUGCUCCAUAUUUUGAACGGACCUCCAGCAAACGUGUUUCCAGGAGUCUUGAUGGUGCUCCAGUAGGUAUCACAGACCAGAGCCUGCUAAAGGACUUCUCUCCUGCAGUAAUGGUAUCCACUGGUGAUAGGAGCCUUGAAGCAGCUGGACAGGCCAAAGUAAAAGUUGGGGAAGAUACCGAUGGAGGCAUAAUGAAAAUACCACAGUUAGAAGAUGGAAAGGUGGAGACAGAAGAGGAGGAAAAUCAUAAGAAGACUUAUUCCUUGAAAGUAGAUGGGGAAAAUAUUUAUGUCAGACAUAGCAAUUUAAUGUUGGAGGACCUGGAUAAGACCCAGGAUGAAUUACUGAAGCAUCAGGCUAGCAUUAGUGAACUCAAGCGCAAUUUUAUGGAAUCCACACCUGAGCCACGCCCCAAUGAAUGGGAGAAGCGCCGUAUCACACCUCUGUCUCUACAGACACAAGGGAGCCUAGAAGAGGAGAUAGCAUCAAUUUUAUUUAGUAAAGAGGGUUUUCCCAGUAGUAUGAAAUCUGCCUUCACUUCAGCUACCUUGUGGACAACAGAGGGCACUGUUGUGAAAGAUAAUAUACCUUCUGAAAAGCUUUCUGCCUCACUCUUCUCUCAGCUGCCUGAGAGAUUUACUCCCCAAACAGAAGAGCUCUCCAUUGGAACCAACAGGACUACUAAGAGUUCGCAUGAGACUCUGAACGUAGUGGAGAAGAAGCAGGCAGAGGUUGGGAUAGAAGAGACAAUAGUCACAGAUGAUACCAACAGGGACAAAAUACAAGUUGUCUCUGCUGGAGGGGAAAUUCAGAAGAUGGAAAGACUGUCGAAAAAGGACUCUUCAUCAUUGUCAUCAGAUAGCAGCAAUAGUGAGAGUGAAGAUGAAGCAGGAGAAUAUCGGCCAUACCAACAGUUGACUCAGGAUUCCAUAAAAGAAGAACUAGAAGAAAAUGAAAUUACUAAAGAUGAGAAGCAACAGAAGGCAGAUGCAAUAGUGUGCAUGGAAAUUUCACAAGUCAGUCCAGCUCAAGUAACAGUUGAGCACACAGAAGUAACAAAAGGUUUUGUUCAGACAAAUGAAGCAACCACAGAAACACCUGGAGAGACAAAUUUGCCAAAACUGGAAAAGCAAGAUCUGAAAGAAGAGAGCGUGGAAGAGCAGCUGAAAGUAAAUGGAGAGGCAUCGCAUAUUGACAUUGAUGUUUCACCACAAAUAAUUUGUUGCUCUGAGCCUCCUGUGGUUAAAACAGAGAUGGUGACCAUUUCAGACGCUUCACAGAGAACUGAAAUAUCUACCAAGGAAGUACCAAUUGUUCAGACAGAGACUAAAACAAUCACAUAUGAAUCUCCCCAGUUCGAUGGCAGUGGUGAUGCUGGUGUACUGUUGAGUGCACAGACGAUCACAGCAGAAUCUGUUUCUACAACCACCACCACACACAUUACAAAGACGAUAAAAGGUGGUGUGUCAGAAACCAGAAUUGAAAAGCGGAUUGUUAUCACUGGAGAUGCAGACCUUGACCAUGAUCAGGCAUUGGCACAAGCUAUUAAAGAAGCCAAAGAGCAGCACCCUGACAUGUCUGUAACAAGAGUGGUGGUGCAUAAGGAAACAGAGCUUGAAGAGGAAGGAGAAUAAGUAAUAUGAAGAGUAAUUUGUGAUUUAUGAAGAACUUUGAUCAUUCCAAGUCAGUGUCCUGACCACUAUUUCACUGAAUUCACCAAACCUGACAACAGUGACCAGACACCUCCAGAAUGAAUUGCCAACACCAAACCUUAUCUUUCUCUUAUCUUUAACCAUAUCCAUCUUUAUUUUUAUAACCACUUCUUAACAUUCUUGGCUUUUUAAAUGAUGUUUAGAGAUUAUUUUUUGCACAGUUCCCUUCCAUUUUUAUAUAACUGAUUUUCUGAUUGCAUGAAAGCGAACAGAAAUAUUUAGUAAGCACUGUUCACUUGAGCAAGUUUAAUAUGCAAGAAGGAGAGAAACUUUGACUAAUUUAGAUACAGCAUUUCCAAAACAUUUCAAAUACAGCUUCUUACUGGAAUAAUAGCUUUUCUUCAGAAUAUUCAGGUAAUAAAAUAUCAAAUAACAUAAAAAAGACAUUGUUUUUAUUUUAAAAAUUACAAAUCUUUCCUAUAACUUGGUGGGGAAAGAAAUUAAGAUUUGUAUGGAUUUUAUACAGACUCUUUGUAACUUUCUCUGUUCUGAGGGUCUCCCAAUUUCUGAGGGGAACUGGUGCUGGUACAAUAAAGAAGAGAGAGAGUUAUAAAGAUGUUUCUACUGACUCAGCACUGUUCUAGUAACCUUUUUGCACUUCACUGCCAUUGUUCACUACCUUCAUAGACACUCUGUGGUCUGCAGCAUUCCAGACAAGGUUGGAAGGACUUUGUUCUCUUUCUUCCAACCAAAGAUAAUCUAGGCAGCUUAAAACCUUAGUGCUUUCUUCCUAACAUGUUAAAUGUCAAACACUUUGAUUAUAUGAUGUUCAGAAUGCUUUCAUUGUGUAAAAACCCAUUGUCUCCAUGUUACAACUGACACAUUUGUUGAGCAGUUAAAUCUGUUUUGUGUAGUUUUGCCUAAUAACUACAAGUUUUAAGGACACUGAAGGACCAGGAUUGCAGUCUAUGGCCCAUUGUAAGUAGUUCAGGAACCACCUAAUAGGGUGAGGUUUCCUUUGAGGAGAUCUAUAUGAGAGCCAGUUAACCGUGCGUCCCCCUUCUCCACAGCCACUGUUCACCUUAUGUAUAGUUAAGAUGCCAUAUUAAAUUUAUAGUAGCUUGAAGUUGUAUUAAGUAAUAUUUUGCUUUCUGUAAUACUGUUAUAAAAUAAAGUUUGUUUAUUCUUUAAAUGUU